UCCUCGUUUUCAAAUUGUUUGAUCUUAUGUGGUUUGUUGCGAGACUUGAGAAAAAAAAUAAGAGAAGUGUAUUAUUUACAUUACUUUUCGACAUUUGACAUAAUGCUACUUAUUCGUGACACGGAAAUAUUCGACGUUAAGACGCCUCUUACAUUGUAAAAUGUAUUUUAUAUUAUCUUAAUAAUUUUUAAUUUGCACGUGAAUUUUAUCUUCUUUUUCAAUAACAUAACCUCCCGGUUCUCAACACAUGUAAAAAGAUAGAGGAAUUGUGUCGUAUAACCGGGACAGUUGAAGGCACAUAACUGUUCCCGCCCGGGAACAACUUAAAGAAAAAAAAACAAAAAGUAAGAGCGAAUAGAGAAAAAAGUGUCAUUGUGAGUAAAAAUACAAGAAUGUAUGUUAUAUGCUUUAAUAUACCUGUAACCGUCACAAUACAAUAGGUCACAGUAUUGAAGACAUCUGAAAAUUGAGACUAAAAACACAAAAGUGUUGUAUGAUUUAAGAGAGAGAUUUGAGGCUUUCGCAUUCAUCUCAACUGAAAAAAAAAUUAAAAGAAGAAAGAAAGAAAGAAAGAGACGUACAUUGUGUGAUACAGGUCAAAAAUCAUGAGGAAUUUAAGUAUUUAUCAUCGGUAUCAUAAGUCUUUCGAUUUUAUGAAAAAUGUAAACAGGAAAGAACUUAUGGAUGCAUUAUGUAUUAUAAAUGCAAAUGACGCGUAUAUACUGUUGAAUAAAUAUAUUUAUGUAUUACCAAGCGGAAACGACGAUUUCACCUGCGCAUUCGUUGGUGAAUUUGAUAACUCUGAGAUUGUCUCAUUAGAUUACUGCAACACCUUACAUGAAUUAUUCCUUGCUUAUAAAUCAGGUAUUAUUAUUAAAAUCGACCCACUCAGUAAACAGGAUUUUAACAGCAUUGUACUAGCUAGAUUCGAAAGUGGCUUGCAAUGUAUGGAAUUCAGUCCAGAUCAUGAAAUCAUUGCAGCUGUAACUGGUGCUGGCUUUGUGGUUACCAUGAUAUUGGACUGCCUUGUUUUGUCAGAGGUAAAUUUAUAUUUAGAAGAGUUUGGACAAAAUUCGUUUGUUACUAUUGGCUGGGGUAAAAAGGAGACUCAGUUUCAUGGUUCAAAGGGUAAAGCAGCAGCUCAAGCAAAACCAGAGGAAUUGGUUCCGAAUGAGACUGAUGAUGGCUCCACGCAAAUCAGUUGGCGUGGAAAUGGCACUUUAUUUGUUGUUAGUUUUUUACACAAGAAAACAAAAAUUCGUCAGUUAAAAAUAUUUAGCAGAGAGGGUGUCUUGCUUAGUACCAGCGAACCACUCAAUGGAUUGGAGAAAAAUGUAGCUUGGAAUCCAUCAGGAAGUUUAAUUGCAACGAUUCAAAGACGAGAUAAUAGACUUGUUGUUGCAUUCAUUGAAAAGAACGGUCUUAAAUACUCGGAAUUGUGUCUUCCCUAUGAAUCGCAAAAAAUAACGAUAAAAGAUCUGCUUUGGUCACCAUGUUCAGAAAUUUUAACUAUUGUUUAUCAUCAACCAGAUGUGAAUAGCUCAUUGGUAGAGUUGUGGACUCAAAAUAAUGAUCAUUGGUACCUUAAACAAACUCUUAUUUUUCGUGAAGAUAACCCACUAAUAUACACAACAUGGAGUAGUAUGGAAAAUGACAUCAAUAGAAAAGAAUUGAUUUUUGUAACAAAAAAUGAAUUCUCUUUUUAUCCAGUUAAUUGGUGCGUGAAUCAUAGCUGGUCUAAAACUGCAGAUGAUAAAGCUGUAGUUGGUGUUAUUGAUGGACACAACAUUCUAGUUACUGGUUUCAGAGAUGGAAUUGUUCCGCCACCAUUAGCACAUCAAAUUUUAUAUAUUGACGAACCAGUAAAUGCAAUUGUCUUUGCACCAAAUGUUAAAGAUGAGAAUUCUUUAAUUAACAGUAAUGCAUUCUGUGCUAUUUUGUAUACCAAUGAGUUAAUAUUUUUCAAGCAAGAAAUGGAAAAUGAAGGGCUAAUGUAUAAAUUUUUACGCACGUAUAGUAUUGAUUGUGAUGUAAUAUGCGACAUUGCAUAUAACUCACUAAAGAAUCAAUGGUAUUACCUGAAUCAUUUCUUGUGGUUUACAUCAAACAUUAUGUUGUAUUCUGUAACUACAGCUAAACAAAAUCUCUUGUGUGUUUUAUUUUUAGAUAAAGAGAUUAAUAACCGUUUAGAAGUAAGCCAAAUUUAUACUUUUGAUGAUCCAAUACAACACAUAAUUUCUUCUCCCGACGCAAGUACAGCUUAUAUAAUAACACAGAAUAAAGUAUAUAAGUAUACAAAAGAUGGGCAAUUUGAAGAAACAAAAAUAUCAUUUGCUAUGCCAUGUUCUCAAAUGGAAGUUAUAAAAAUUGCUUCAAACGAUGUUAUUAUUGCAUUAUCUCAUGAUAAUAAUUUUUUCAUUGAUGGAGAAGUUAUUAAGAAUAUUACAGGUUUUUAUGUACAUUCUCAUUUUUUGCUCCUUAUAACACUGCAAGCCACAUUGAUUUGUGUUCCGUUAAGCAAAACUGGUAUAGAGCAAUUAAAAAAACAUGAUUUAACUAUCAAACCUUGGUUAAAUCUUAAUCAUAAGGAGGAGUUACAUGCAGAUAUCUAUAUCAGACGACUUGAAAGAGAUUCUCGUAUAAUAAUAGCAGUACCACAAAAUUCGCGAACAAUUCUACAGAUGCCACGAGGAAAUCUAGAGUGUAUACAGCCAAGAAUAUUAUUAUUGCACAUAUUAAAGUCUUACCUUAAUAGCUGCGAUUAUCUGCCAGCAUUUGAAUUAAUGACGAAACAACGUAUAAAUUUGAAUUUGAUGUACGAUCACAAUCCACAAUUAUUUAUGGAUAAUAUAGAAAAAUUUGUAACGGAUAUUGCACACAGAAAUAUAAAUAUGUUGACUAUGUUUUUAACAGAAUUAAGUGAUGAAGAUGUCACUAGAACAACGUAUAUGUAUUGUUAUGAAAAUCAUGCUGUACAAUCUGAUAUUGAAACUAAGAAAACUACAAUUAAUAAGGUAGACAAAGUUUGUAAAAUAUUAAAAGCUGUUAUGGAAAACCGGGUGGAUGCGAGUGAGUUUAUGUGGCCAAUAUUGAUAACCUUGGUCAAAAAUAAAAAGAGACAGGGUUUGGAAGAUGCACUUCGUAAAAUAAAGGACAUUAAGAUGUUCGAGGAUUCACAAGAAUCACUGCAAUGUGUUUCUUCUGUAUCCGCCAGCGAAAUCCUGAAAUAUUUACUGCAUUUUGUAAAUAUCAACACAUUAUAUGAUGUUGCAUUAGGCAUGUACGAUUUUGACCUUACAAUGUUCAUAGCUUCCAAAUCGUCGAAGGAUCCCAAAGAGUAUAUUCCAUUCUUGAAUGACUUAAAAUUAGACAAGAAUUACAGAGAAUAUUCUAUUAAUAUGCAUCUUAAACGCUAUGAAUUGGCAUUCAAGUGUCUAUCGAAAGAACCGUCUAGGUUUGAAGAAUGCCUAACUUUAGUGCGUGAAUACGAUUUAUAUAAGAUAGCAAUGAAAACAUUUGAGAAAAAUAGUACGGAAUAUCAAAAAGUUGUUGAAAUCUAUGGAGAUUUUCUCUCAAGUAAAUGUAAAUAUUCAGAGGCUGGUAUGAUGUAUUAUAGAAGCGGUCAAUUUCACAAAGCUUUAGAAAUGUUUAGCAUGACAGGCAAUGAUUGGCAAGAUGCGAUUGCAUUAUCAAAAGAAAUGAAUUUAGGACCAGUAGAUAGCUAUGCUCUUUACGAAACGCUACUUGAACAUUUGAAAAAUGAGAAAAAGUAUGAACAUGCAGCUACAAUAUUAAAAGACUAUAUGAAACACAACGAGGAAGCUAUUGCAUUAUUAUGCGAGGGAAAAUUCUGGAAACAAGCAAUAAGAAUAGCACUUGAUUCUCAACGUUUAGACUUGAAUGAGACACAUAUUAAGCCUGGAGUAAAGGAACAUGCGGAAUAUGUGAUCAAAAAAUUGGAUAAAAAGAUAACAGAUUUUCUUCAAUAUACGUCACGUCUUGCCAUAGUGAGAAAGGAAAUUGGUGAAAGACGAAUAUAUAACGAAAAGAUCUGUGAUGAUAAAGGAUCAGGAUGCAAUGAAGAAAUUCCGGAUAACAUUCAAGACACACUCAGUACUAUAUAUUCUAAUCUAAGUCAAAGGUCGAAAAUAUCUGCAAUUACUAAGAAAAGUUACCGAUCAAGUAAGAAUCGUAGGAAACAUGCGAGGAAAUUUUUUAAUCUAAAGGAAGGCAGCAUGUUUGAAGAUUUAAGUUUAAUAUAUGCCCUUUAUCAGAUCGUUAGUGACGUUUAUAAAGAAAAAGAUGAAUGGAGCGAGCUUAUAAAAGUGUUAAUAUAUUUCAAAUUUGAUGACGAAGCAGAAAAAAUCCAAGUUGAAAUGGACAAGUUGUUAAAACUGAUAGAAAGUAAAAAAUCUGAAAUUUGGGAUAGAUUAGCUCCUACAAGUUUAGCCUAUAUCGAUGAAACGUUUUAUACAGAGGCACAUCUUCAAGAGAUUAUUAUACCUAUUAAAUCAGUGGAACAAUGUUUAAUAUAUCCUCCCGAAGUUGCUGCAACAUCAGAUGUAACAAGUAUUUUUUAAAAAAUUUUUCGAAGAUAAAUGGGGAAUAUUAAAGAAUUUUUGUAAAAAGAUGUUAAGAAUCAUAGAAAAUAGGUUAAGAAUAUUGUGAAUACAUACAUUGUAUUAAUACAUAUAAGUCUUGUCAUUAUACAUACUAAAUAUAAAAUUGAAAUACGAG